CAAAAAAACAGCAAGAUCCAUACGCUUAGAUGAUUGGUAAAAACACACUGAGAGGAAAGGGGCAGAAGUCAGAAGAGUGAUAAGUCCCGCCCUGCUGACUUGAACCUGCUGCUUUUCCACAGAGGAAGCAGAGAGGGGAUACAAGAGAAAAGACUGUAGGACAGUGGAGCGUGGUUCCUGCAGCUGAACCCAGUGAGGAAAUCCACUGGACACAGGAUAAUCUGGGCCCUUUUAUCAACAGUCAUGGAUCAAUUAUUCUCUGAUACAUCUAAGAAUGAAGACCAUGGAGAUUUGGAGUCCAGCUUUACUGCAUAUUUUAAGAAAACCAAGAAAGAAAGCAAAAUCAUUACUCAGGAAACCAUUGAUUCAAUUGAGUUACACCUGACAAGAGGAAAUAUUCAGGGGGCAAACUCUGUAAUCAGGGAUGCAUUAAAAAAUAUUGAUAAUGCCCCAAUAAACAUUGCUGUCACUGGAGAGUCUGGAGCAGGGAAGUCCAGCUUCAUCAAUGCCCUGAGGGGGGUUGAACCUGAAGAAGAAGGUGCAGCUGAAGUUGCGGUGGUAGCAAGAACUAUGAGGAGAACUCCACACAAACACCCCAAAAUUCAAACUUUGACUUUAUGGGACCUGCCUGGCAUUGGAACUCUGAACUUUCUACCAAAAGAUUAUCUGGAGAAAAUGAAAUUCCAAGAGUAUGACUUCUUCAUUAUUCUUUGUGCCAAACAUUUUACAAAACUUGAACUAGAUCUUGCCAAAACAAUCAGACUUAUGAAAAAGAAUUAUUACUUUGUGAGAACCAAGGUGGACCUGGAUUUAGACAAUGAGAAGAAAUGCAAACCACGCACCUUUUACAGAGCAAAGACCCUGCAGAAGAUCAGAAGCAUGUGUGUGAACACCUUCAGUCAGAAUAACAUGGAUGUAUCACAGAUUUUCUUGAUUUCUAACAGACAUUUAUCUGACUAUGAUUUUCCAGUCCUGAUGGACACCCUGGUAAAGGAUCUUCCUGCUCAAAAGCGCCACAAUUUUGUUCUUUCCUUACCUAAUAUUACAGAACCAGCCAUUGACAGAAAGCACAGCUCUAUGCAGCAGACUGUCUGGUUGGAAGCCUGCAAGGCUGGAUUUUUAAAUACUGUUCCUGUAGUGGACAUCCUCAGGGAUGAUGUGGAGGAGUUGAAGGUGAAGUUAAACCACUAUCGAGUCCUCUUUGGAGUGGAUGAUGAAUCCUUGCAAGUCAUGGCUAAGGAUUCCCAAGUGCCUCUUGAACAACUGAAAAAAAUUAUUAAAUCUCCUUAUUUGUUAGAAACUAAGAAAGAAGAAACAUUCGGAGAAAUGUUUUUGAAAUAUUUGGAGAAACUUGCCUUAGGUAAUGGUGGGCUCCUAGCUUCAUGUAUUUACUUUAGGGAAACCUUUUACUUGCAAUUUCUGUUCCUUGACACAGUGACUGAAGACACCAAAGUUCUCCUUAGAGAGACAAAUUUAAGAAAGCAGUUUAAACUCAACUCACCACAGCUACUGACCAUGACAAGAACAAACGAUUACUAUCAAGAAGUCAUUAGAUGAAUUCCCCCCUCUGACAUAUUUUCUUUAGCCAAACCACUAUCACCAUGGAGACACCUAAAGAUAUGGACCACACUUCUUACUUUGUCACAGUCUGACAACCCAAGUCCCUCUUCCCCUCUCUGCCUGCCUCUCUGUCUUUCAACUCUACCUGUUGUGAAAUAUUCUUUUAAGUACGCCAAGAUGUGUUACAUUUGUUUAUGCUGCAGAAUAUUACUUUAACUGUGUAAAAACCAUGGUACAUUUUCUCAUUCCAACAUGGGGCCAGUACUUUUAUGUAGGGCCUAAGAAAACUGAGGGAAAAAAGAACAAAAAAGAAGUUGUAUGCUAAGCAAAAAUAGUCAAAGUUAGGAUCAGCAUUCAAAGCUAAUAAUUCUGUGUCAUGGAUUGGGAGCUAAUUAGUGGCCCCAAAGAAAGAAAGUCUGGUACAUUAGCCUGCACACUUGAAUACACACACACACACACACACACACACACACACGCACAUGCACACAUCUACAAAUGGACACAUACAAUGCCCAAAAUGUACAAGCACAUACAAAAGAUAUGAAUAAGUUCUUUGUAUCUAAUUCCUACUAAUCAGCUAAUCAAACAUUCUAAUGGAGGACUUGCCAUGCAUGUAUGAGGACCAGAGCUUAAUUGCCAGAACCCAUAUAAAUGUUCAGUGAGUGUGGCAGCCACCUUGUACUUCCACACUCAGAAGGCAGAAACAGUGCAACCAUGGAGCAUGUUGACUUGCUGGACUGUGUUGAUCUACAAGCUCGGGAUUCAUUUGAGAGAACCUGCCUUGGUGAAAAGGGUAGAAAGUAACUUAGCAGGAGACCCAACAUAAGCCUGACAUGUCCACACACACGUAAACAUGUACACCCCACACAGGGACACAUUUUAAAUAUAAAAUAAUAUUUAGGAAGUAAAAAAAUCACAAGUCUUAGAAAGUAUAGAAACAUAAAAGUUUCAUGAAGCUCUCCUCAAGGUUAACAAGUAGUCUGUACAUUGUCAUAGUUUUUAUCUCUGUUGAUGGGAUUAAACACUAGCUGUUGGUACAAAGUCAGUGAAGGAAGCUUGUGAGGAGAUUCCUGAGAGCUUGUGAGAAAACUCCAGGACAAAGACAAAAAGACAAAACCACCUGGCUAAAACCACCAUAAAAUUUACAUAUUUACAUACAAGGGUCUUGUAACUUCUAUUCUUUCAUAGCAUGAAUUUUUUUUUGUGGAAUGCACUGCCGUGCCUUUCUGAGGUGGAAUAAACAGGAAUGGGUCUUACUGUAGAUUACCCAUCAUCUUACCUCUAGUAUUCAGGAUGAUGUUUCCAAACAGAAGUUGUCCUCCUGACUCUAUACUACAUAAACCAAGGUGAGCUUGCCUUUGUGAUUGAUCAUAACUUGAACUCAAGUGAGCUUUGUUCACAUGAUCUUGCUUGACCCACAAAAUGCCCUCAGAAUAUAAAUUGUCUG